AUGAAGCUAUCCACAACUUUGUGUCUUGCGUCGACCAUCUACGCUAGUAUCGCAGCGGCAACACCGGUAUCUUCGGGUGCCAGAAAGCCUACUUUCGACUGGGCUGCCAUCGACUCUCUGAUAGCUUUUGGCGACAGCUACACAUUCGUUCAAGGCACCCUCGGCCACCCCAACUACUCCUUCAUCGGCGAUGAAUUAAACCUUCCCUUUACACCCGCGCAACUCUUUUCCAACCGCAUUGUGCAGAACCUUACCGGGACAGCAGAAGGUGGACCCAAUUGGGCCGAGUUUCUGACUGAAUGUGGUGUAGAAGGCGGGCUACAUGAUCCACAGGAAUGCGACAUCCAGCUCUGGGAUUUUGCUUAUGCGGGCGCCAAUACGAUUGAGGAAGCUAGCUUCACACCACUUCACCAUAACCACACUGUUUCCCUAGAGCGCCAAGUCGAACAAUUCAUUUCUUACGGUAACCCUGCGCUCGAAUCUAUUUAUUUGGAUAAGAAGCACGCGCUGGUAGCCGUUUGGAUUGGUAUCAACGAUAUCAACGAUCUCGUCGCUACGCAGGGCAAAAACGCUACUUUUGCACCAGUCUAUAGGAAGGUGCAGGAAAACAUUUUCAAGAAUGUGGAAAAGGUGUAUGGGCUGGGAUACAGGAGCUUUUUGUUCAUGAAUCUCCCGCCUUUGGACCGUGGACCGGGUACACCUAACGUCAAUGCGUCGCUCGUGGAGCUGUUCAACGACAUUCAGGCGAGCUAUGCAGACAAGUUUGCAAAAAAGCACUGCAAUGCAGCAGUUCUGCAAUUUGAUGUUAAUACUGUUCUAAACGAUGUGUUGGAUCGAUAUCAGGAUUAUGGGUUCAAAAACAUCACUGGUUUUUGUCCGGGUUACAAUCAACCGGAUGUCCUGAUAAACCCGGAAAGAUAUGGUUGCACGGAAUUGGAUACUUACUUUUGGUAUAACUCAGGGCAUUUGACGAGCCGCGCGCAUAAGAUUAUGACGGAUGUUUUGAGAAAGUGGUUGCGAAAGCAUUCUCGCGAAAAGCCAAUUCCAACGUACAACGCCCAGAAUCUCGGAUCGCCUCUACUAUCGCUUCUCUGA